AUGGGUGCUCCUAAGCAGAAGUGGACUGCGGAAGAAGAAGCAGCCCUUAAAGCUGGAGUACUUAAACACGGGGCAGGCAAAUGGCGCACAAUACUCACAGAUCCAGAGUUCAAUUCUAUCUUGCAUCUGCGUUCAAAUGUUGAUCUCAAGGACAAGUGGAGAAAUAUAAACGUGACCGCAAUAUGGGGGUCUAGACAGAAGGCUAAGCUUGCACUUAAAAGGAACCUACCAAAUCCCAAACAUGAUAAUAACCCUUUGGCCGUGAGCACUGUGAUUCAAAGUCAUGAAGAAAUUGUUGAUGCUAAGCCUCUUGCCAUUUCUGGUGGAAAAUUGCAGACUACUGAAUCAAAACAACCAAUUGCCAGGUUGGAUCACCUUAUAUUAGAGGCUAUUACAAAUUUGAAGGAGCUAGGGGGUUCUGACAGAGCUGCCAUUGCUAUGUACAUAGAGGAGCAAUAUUGGGCGCCUCCAAACCUUAAAAAGCUACUCUCAUCAAAAUUAAAGCAUAUGGUCGCCAAUGGAAAACUGAUUAAGGUAAAGCAUAGAUACAGAAUUGCACCAAGUUCAGCUUCUUCUGAAAAAAGAAGAAGCUCUUCAAUGUUGCUCUUGGAGGGAAAGCAGAAGGAUUCUUCAAGAGCGGAUAAGAGCAAUGUCAACAUUCUUACUAAAUCUCAAGUGGAUGCAGAUCUAAGCAAGAUGAGAAGCAUGACUGCACAAGAGGCUGCUGCUGCUGCUGCCCAGGCAGUUGCAGAAGCAGAAGCUGCCAUUGCAGCAGCUGAAGAAGCAGCAAGGGAGGCAGAGGCAGCAGAAGCUGAAGCAGAAGCAGCACAAGUUUUUGCCAAAGCAGCAAUGAAAGCAUUGAAAUGUAGAAGACUUGACCUUGACAUGAAACUCGCACAUGGGUAA